AUCUUUACCAGGGCAUCCUGCAUAUACCAGGUUAAUAUUUACUGAUGUGCUAAUGUAAUAAUGACCUUUCUGCCUCUGCUCCUCUCUGGGGUACUUUCUAUCUAUAGGGAUGGGAAUUAAUGACAGUCUCUCUGCGCUGCCUGAUGUCAGAGCUGAGAAAGGUGUGAAGGGUAUAUAAGAGCUGUAUUACUUGUCAGCAAGGAAGGGGGAAAAGGGAUACUCCAGAGCUAGAUGCAAGCGUGGAAUUGUUGGAUGCACCCUUCUUGCUAACACAGGCGUGCUUCUUCCUCUAGCUCCCUGACCACUAAAAGAAAGUUUGGAAGCAAAGAUGUGCAACCUAAAGCUGUCAGUUUUCUUCAUUGCACUUUCUGUCACUCUGAGCUGUUUGGAAGCUACACCUAUUGAGAAAUUACUAUCUGUGGCUGAUGAUCUAUCUGAUGGUACUUCCAAGAGACAAGGAUGGAUGUUGCCAGUAAUGUCACGGAAUACACUCUCAGGACUUAGUGAGGAAAUGCCAGAACAACCAGCAGUAAAGACAAAAAGUAGUCACCACCUGGAGAAACGGAAAUGUAACACUGCGACAUGUGUGACACAACGCUUGGCUGACUUUUUAGUUCGUUCCAGCAGCAACAUCGGAGCAAUUUAUUCACCUACGAAUGUGGGGUCCAAUACAUACGGAAAGAGGGACACAGAUGGGGUUUUAAGCAGAGAACCCCAAAACAAUGCACAGCUUUAGGGUGCAUUUUAAAAUGACUACUGAUACAGUUUUCAUUAGGAGCUCAGUUUUUAAUGUAUCAAUAACCUCUUGGUCAUUUAUUACUUGUACAGUCUUAACAGUGCCUUGUUUUCUGUGUGUGCGUGUGUGUGGGUAUGUGAUUUAUGUUCAUCAUUUCACUAUGCAUGUACAAUGACAUGCAUAGACUAUUGUUUCAACUCCAUUAAGAACUCCAGAAAUCUGCUUGUCAAAUUCCUUUGUAAAAAAAUAAAUAUAUAUAUCACAAUAAUAAAUGGAAAAAUAAUUGCAACAGGGUUUUUUAUUAUUAUUAUUAUUAUUAUUAUUAAAAGGAUGAAGA